AUGCGGUGUCACUACGAGGUGCUCGCGGUCGAGCGUGACGCGACCGCCGCGGAGAUCAAGAAGGCCUUCCGCCUGCAGGCGCUGCGGUGGCACCCGGACAAGCACCAGCAGAACGGCAUCUCGAGCGAGGAAGCCACGCAGCAGUUCCAGACCAUCCAGAACGCCUACGAGGUGCUGAGCGACCCGCACGAGAAGAAAUGGUACGACGAGCACCGCGAGCAGAUUCUGCGCGGCGGAGACGGCAACGACGACGACGAAGACGAGGACGACCUCAACCUGUUCCGGUACUUCAGUGCGUCUGUGUACUCGGGCUUCGGCUCGGACGAAAAGAGCUUCUUCUCGGUGUACGGAGAGCUCUUCACCAAGGUGCGGUGA